AUGUUUAUUACACAAAUGGAAUACCGCAUCAAUAAUCUUAAAAGAAAUGUUUCUCAAAAGUCAACUAUCAAUGUUAAAUUCCUUCUCACCCUCUUCCAAGGUGCUUUCGAAACUCAUCAUUCAAUUGAAGUCCCAACUCAAGAAUAUUUAUUUACAACAAAAGGGAUCGAAAGAUCAAAGUCUGAUGGAUUGCAUUUGAGUUGA